CGUGUGGCGAGGAGGCCCCGCUGCCCGACUGACCGUCCUCGGCGCCUCUUAUACCUUUACUCCGGUUUGCGCGUUCUUCAGGAACGUACGUGCUCGUUCCACGUUCCACUCGAGAGAGCGCGAGAUAUACUCCUCUUUUGUAGAGUACACAUAAAUAGACGUUGUCGAUUUUGUCGUCCUGUGGUGCGUCGCGAUACCUUGAAGUAGCUAGGUCGAGCUAAGGGCUAGUUCAGCCGUCGUAGUUUUCGAAAUCGGUCCCGGCUCGUUCGUUUGCUCAGAUAUAAUCGACAGUUCAAACGGACAGUGAUAUGGCACAGCUGAUCAGCGUCAAGCUGUCCAGGUUCGACGGUUCCGCCUGGGGUUUCCGUUUGCAAGGCGGCAAGGAUUUCGGUACGCCGCUCCUCGUCCAAAAGGUCAAUAGCGGUUCCCCGGCGGAAGCAGCUGGUCUUAAAGCGGGCGAUGCGGUUAUCAGAGUCAACACUACUGAAAUGUAUAAUUUGAGGCACAAGGACGCGCAGGAUGUUAUAGUCAAGGCCGGAAAUAAUUUCGAACUGACUGUUCAAAGAGGAGGCAGUACCUGGAAACCGCAUGUAGCACCCGCAACUGCAAACUUGCCGUCUCCGAUACACACCGCUUCCGCAGGUAACAUCGCGCCAGUCACAAAGACCUCUUUGGCAGUUAAGAAACAGGAUGGUCCCCAUGCCGGCGGCGGACACAAUUUCAGCCCCAAGCCAUUCCUGAACGGCACUGGCGACGGUCCAAUUAAGUCCAUCGUGAACAAACAGUAUAACAGCCCCGUAGGGAUCUACAGCGAGGAGACUAUUGCGGAGACGUUAUCUGCUCAAGCGGAGGUUCUGGCCGGAGGUGUCCUUGGGGUCAAUUUUAAAAAGAACGAAAAGAACUACAAUGCUGAGAACAGCGAAGUUUUUAAAAUGGUCCAGGAAGCGGACAAGGAACCAAAAACUCCAGAACCUGCGGAGCCGAGUAUCGUGAGCGGCGUGAUAACGCCAUCAUCGCCCGCCCUGACAGGACUAAGGCCGGUCCAAGCACCGGAGACGAAGCCGCAACCGUCAACGCCGCAAACGAGCCUACCACCAGGACAGAACAUCUGUGCCGAGUGCGAGAGGCUCAUUGUGGCUUCAUCGAUCGUUUCUUCAAGGACAGAGUUUUACUCUUCGGUGAGCCACGCGGUUGGCGGAAGGGCCACUUCACCGAGGUCACCCACGCCUCUGUUUCAUGCUAUGAGCGGUGGUGGUGGUGCACUUGCCAGUAGCAACCCCUUUAUACCGACGGACGAAUCAAGGAAUGAGACACCACAACAGCAAAAACAAGAAUCGUCCGCCGGGUCGGAGUCGUCGACGCCGGGCGGAGUCGUUUGUAACAACUGCGACCGAGUGAUCGUAGGUGUCUUCGUAAGGAUCAAGGACAAGAAUCUCCAUGUGGAGUGCUUCAAGUGCUCGACCUGCGGCACAUCUCUAAAAAAUGUCGGUUACUACAAUAUCAACAAUAAAUUGUACUGCGACAUUCAUGCGAAACUUGUCGCCAGGCAAAACGCACCGUCUGGUCUCGUACCUCUCACUAUACCACCACCAGGUGGCAAAGCACCGGCCAGCACCAUUAGUGCGGCAUUGGCGAAUGCUCCUUUAUCGCCGCCCCUCAGCAAUCACGGAUCGUCACCUCUGCCAUUCUCCGCGUGCAAUCGUACGAGUCCCGAUUCUGGAUCCCAGCAUAUAUGGCGAUCGACCUCGUACACGAACGGAUGCAUCAGGAAUGGCGAGUGCAACGGCGAAUCGAAAACGUUCACGAGCACGAUCACCAUCCAAACAGGUGGCACAGAGCCUACCACCCGUCUUGGCACCCCGCCCGUCGAUCCACCCAGCAUACGAUCAGUUCAGGCACCAACGAGCAACAAUCUCAUCGGUCCUAAGCCCUUUGGUGGAUCGAGUGGAUUCUCAUCGAAUUUACCUUCAACUCCGAUAUUAAAUUCCGGAAACAGUACCUUGCCACGUCCUCAGAGCCAGACUGCGACAGGUCGGUACUCUACCCUGCCAAAGCCAAAAAGUUCGCCUUUCAGAGAAUACCCACCCAAACGCAUGUAUUAUAUUUUUCGUGUGUUAUGUAUCCUGUUUUACCUCGUGAUUUCGACAUUCUUAUCGUCCGUCGCCACCCCCCUAUUCGUCACCCCAGAAACCUCCAGCAGUCAGAUCUACGAAAGAUCCUGCUAUUACGAAAUCGUGGAGGGCACGAGGAACCACUCUUCCCGCCCCAGUUCUGUAAAAUCCGGCCGAAGUCUUGCUUGGCCACCCCCCAAACCUAUCGAAGAUAUCACAUAUCCCACUGCCAGUCCUCUCUAUAUUAAUCCGAAUCCCAUCCCCGACAAAAGGUGCCACCAGGCGAUCAGAGAAAAACGUGCCAGCAUCGAGGCUUGCCAGCGAGCUUUAAGCCGUAGAACCGAAAGACAUCGAAGUGAAAGCGUCGACCGGGAGGUCGAAAGAGCGACGAGAGAAUAUAAUCGUCGGCACGAAAUUGACGCGAUGGAUCGAGUGAAUUGUCCUGGACAACCGGUGUAUCGGCGUGUCGAGCUGGUGGACACGAGCAGCAGAACCUCUCGAUCGGAUGUGACGACCUCGAGACCGAGCUCGACCGACAGUGUCCGACGAUCGCUGACACCAACUAGAAUUGUGCAGCCGAUUCCGAAACCGUGGACUGCGACCGUCAGUGGCGGAGGUACGAAUCUGUACGAGCAGAGUUACGCCGGGCAGCAGCAACAACCCGCGGGGCAAGUCUGCAAGAAAUUCAUGCAGCGGGAAAUCUGUCAUCGAGAACGCGUGUCGGGCGGCAGGGAACAUCGGGAGGAACAGCGAGCUUACCGAGCGGAGAUCUGUCGGAGGGAGCAAACAAUUUGCCCAAAACCGCCCUUGCCCACGCCUAAGCAGGAGCCAGCUGAGAUAAUCAAAGAAGUCGACACCGAAGUCACCGAUCUGAGAGGCGACGAGACGGACGAGGCGGAAGUCUCGAAAGGAAUUCAGGGCGAACACGAUUUCAUCACAGAGACGGCUGAAGAAACCGUAGACGGCAUGCGUGUAAAACAGUCGGCAACCUUCGAAAAGACCGUGGAGAGAGUGCCGUCGCCGGAGAAAUCUAACACGCCAAUAAUUGAGGAGGCGGAGAAUGAAACAAAGACCGAGUGCUUCGCGAAAAGAACUGAAACGCACAUCAAUCGACGAGUGGAAGAUACAGCGGAAGAACGAACUGUGGAGGAGUCCGCCGAGACAGUUACGUCGGCCAUCGACGCACAGCAGAUGCUAGAGAAAGCCAAGCAGGAAGAAGAGGAAAGAAAGAAAGAAGAGGAAGAAGAAGAACGAAGGAAAGAGGAAGAAGAAAGAAAGAGACGCGAAGAAGAAGAACGAAAACGGCAAGAGGAGGAAGAAAAGAAAAGACGUGAAGAAGAAGAGAGGGCCAAGAAGCACGUGACUUUUGACGACGAUGAUGUAGAAGUUGAAGAGGUGCGGGAGCAGCCGUUAGGCAGAACCGUCGUGCGAGAGGAGCGCAUCACAGAGUCGGAAGGAUCUACUCCAGGCCGUUGCAAGAUUACGAAGGAAACGUACGAAGAAAUUACUGAAGAAGUACUAGUUCAAGAACGAGUGAAAAGAAAAGGAGCUGAGCGGCCGAGCUUGGAAGACGAACGCAAAAAAAGCUUGCGGGAGCAAGUGGAGGUCCAUCAGAAUCUCCGAAAUCAACAAGCGCCGGAAAGACGCAGCGUCGUUGUGAAGUACGGCCAGCCGCCUCAAGAUACCAUGGAAACGUGUAAAAAGAGAGUGCAAUUCUUGAAAGAGACGGAGACAGGGCCGAAACCCUUGUCGGACACGCCCGUGAAAAAUUCCACGCCGAAGGAGUGGAAGUCCGAGAUGGUGAACGCUCUGACAACUGCGCCCGAUCGAUCUUACACGCCAUUAAACGCCACUUCCAGCGUAAAAGAGCUCUACACCGAAGAGACCAUCUACCUAGACCACAGAUGCCGACCUAAACCACCGCCGCCUAAGAAAGAAAUUCGGCCAAUUUCACCUUUCCAGCAAGCUCUGACGAUUGCGCCCGAACGAUCUUACACUCCUCUGAGUCGCGAAAUCGGGCCGGAAGAUCAGCAGAUCGCCAGUAGAUCGCAGACUCCGAGCCUUCAGGUGCAAAAUAACGGUCCUUGUCCGCCGUUGAAUAUUCUGUACGGCGAUGAGAAUACAACGAAAGAAUCUUACGCGCGAGAGCAAAUAUGCGUUAAAAAAGAAAUUAAAAAAUCCGGACCGCGACCUUUGCCCACUCCGCCGCCGGAUCAUCGUCUGAGAGAUUCUUCGGCAUCGCCUGCUCCAAGAUCUCGACCGGAAACGCCUAAAUCGUGCAAAUCGUACACGGCGGGUCUGAAGAAGCCCGAUACCAUACCGCUCUAUCAGAGAAAUCUAGUGGCAAUGAAAAAAGGACCGGUGGAAGGUCAGCCGUUCGUUCCCAGCAGAACGCCGACCCCGACGCCUAACAGAUCGAAAUCGCCUGCUCAAGGACCGCCCGAGCCGCCUGCUUGUUAUGUAAAAGUUCACGCGCCAAGAGUUCGAGAAGAUCCACCACCAUCAAAGCACGGUGGAUCGGUGCAUUUUCCCUCGCGUAAGACCAUCUCCUACAACGUGGAAGAGGAUACCGACAGCGGUCACAGAAAGCAGGAAUAUUCCGCGUCGAGAACCGUUAAUUAUGACGAGAAGGAAACCGCCAAUCUCGAUGCGGGCCCGACGGACGCGCUCUACGCUCAAUUUCAGGAAACACGAUGCAUGACUAGCGAGGAGUCUAGCGAGCAGCAGAACACCGCGACUCUCGUGAAAAAAGCGCUUCAGGUAGUCGAGGAUUACGAGAAGUGCGAGCGAAAGGAAGUAUUGCCGCCGGCACCGCCGCCUCAGAGCCCGCAACCGAGUAUUUGCGCUAUCAGCAAGGUGAGCCACACGAAGCCCACCUUAUCGUGCCCUAUGACCUCACGAGCAACCCCCGCGCCGAUCUACAGCAGUUCGACGGAAGUGCGUCACAUACGAUACGAAACACCGUCGCCGAAAUCCUGCCCGGAGACAGGAGUGACCGUUCUACCGUGUAAAGCGCACUCUGAUCGCGGUAUGAAAACUGGCGUCGUCGUGGUGCCGUGCGAAGAUUCGCAAACUACCUGUCCUAAGUCCGGAAUCUGUGUGACGCCGACGAAGGAUCGAUCGGGCGUGUGCGUGUCGCCCUGCUUCGGCAUGCAAUCCGGCACUUGCGGUCAACCGUCGGGCACCUGCGGUCGCGAAUCGGCUUGCGACUUAAACAUCUCCAGCUACCCGGACUCCGAUAUCUGCGUCACCCCCUGCGCCGACGGUUCCGUUUGCGUGGCACCAUGCAAAAAACCCGGUCCGAGUCAAUCGAAUCUUCCCUUCCCGCAAAUCCCGCUUCCUUACGAAGAAACACCACCCCCGUCGACCGCUCCUCAAUGCCCAGUUCCGAGCUUCAAGCCUCGCACUAACCUGAGCGGUCAGCUCGCGCGAUUAACGGCCAAGAACGGCCAGCAAAACGUGCCCAUGGUGCAGCUUUACAAGCCAAUUCAGCCCCGAGCUCAAGCUCAGCCUCCCCAGACUCAAAGCUACACCGAGAGCACUAUUUAUCACGCUCAGAGUUACCGCGAGUCCCACUGCGAGUCCGGCAAUAAUUGUCAGAGCACCCAGAACCGCUGCCAGGACCAGAUUCACUGUGAUCCCCCUAGUAAGAUCCAGAGUUUAGUAGACCCACCAAAUUUGUCGUCCCACCCGGAUCUAGGUACCGGAGUCGGCGGCCCCGGCGGCGCGAGCUCCAAGAGCGGAUCGUUCGCGGGUAGCAGCGCGCCUAAACGCGGACGGGGCAUCCUGAAUCAAGCUGUCGGAGCAGGAUCGCGUAUACCGCUGUGCGCACACUGCAACUCAUACGUCAGAGGACCUUUCAUCACCGCUCUCGGCCAGAUCUGGUGCCCUGAUCAUUUCGUAUGCGUCAACGGUCAAUGCCGCCGUCCUCUUCAAGACAUUGGCUUCGUCGAGGAGAAAGGACAACUCUACUGCGAAUACUGUUUCGAAAAAUUCAUCGCGCCUUCGUGCAACAAGUGCAAUAAUAAGAUCAAGGGCGAUUGUCUGAACGCAAUUGGAAAACACUUCCACCCUGAAUGCUUCAACUGCGCCUAUUGCGGAAAACUCUUUGGUAAUAGUCCGUUCUUCCUAGAAGAAGGAUUGCCCUACUGCGAAGCUGACUGGAACGAGCUGUUCACCACAAAAUGUUUCGCGUGUGGAUUCCCAGUCGAGGCUGGCGAUCGUUGGGUGGAGGCCCUGAAUAAUAACUACCACAGCCAAUGCUUCAACUGCACGAUGUGCAAAAAGAAUCUCGAGGGCCAAAGCUUCUAUGCAAAAGGCGGUCGUCCGUUCUGCAAAAAUCAUGCACGUUAAGACCAUCCGCUCUCAACCAUCGCAGAUGAUCGAUGGGACGACGAGAGAGGAAAAGCACGGAAGAACAAGAGAAUGAAAAGGAAGUCCAAACAAAUGUGAGAAGCGCGCGAGUACAAUGUUAUAACGCACGUAUUGCUUUAUCGUGAUUAUUUUUUCUGUGUCUUCGAACGAGAUCACUUCACUAACCCUUUGUCAGAUCCGCGAGUGAUCCUUUAUAGUUACGAAAAUACAGGGUCAAUUAGGGUGAUUCUGACAAAAAAUAUCUUUACCGUUCAAUCUGAUAAUAAAUUGUAAUGUCUUUAAGAAUGAUAGUUAUUUAUAUAUGUAGAAUAGAUAUCGUAUAUAAAAAUAAUAUAAAAAAAUAAAAUCAAAAUGAUAAAGAUCAAAUCUAUUAAGUGGCGAUUUUUAAUGAUAUUAAAUAUCAUUACAUAUGUAUUUUCCAGUAUCACCGAUCACCCUGAUUAAUUCUACGCAAUGCACAUUUUCACGAAGUAUUCAGCGCGCGUUGUUCGGCUACGAGUUAUUAAUUAAUAUUUAUUAUCUAGCUUAAUUAAGAGAGAAUGAUGCAAGAGGCCACCGGUUAUCUCAACUCUAAAAAGCGCAAUAGAAAUCUUUGUAUCAAAUUUAUGAACUUUAUUAAUUUAUAAAUUUCUCAUUAAUAAAUAAAUAUUUAAAAAAGAUAUUUUUUUAAUCCAAUAUUUAAAAAAAAAAAUAUUCGUUUUAUUAUAACUCUAUACGCGCAAAAUUGCGCUCAGAAUUUUCUCGUGCUCUUUAGAAUUGAAUGGUCUUGUGUUUGUCAAGACGGAUCUUAAUUUCGACGAUUCCGUUUACGAAUAUUUGAUCACCAUCGUAUUAAAUAUGAGUUGCGAUGUCGACGUCGACGUCGACCGCGAGCGAGCAGCACGUUAAUUACGUCGGGGACAUUUGAUAACGUAUCCUUGCACUUUGCGGUUUCUGUUUAAUAAAGAAGGGGGUCUUUAAUCGCGAUCUUUGCGGGCUAGCGAAAUAUCUCAUAAAAUCGUCUACGGCAGGAAACAUGGAAACGACACAACACACAAUGAACGCCCCGAUCACUGAUCAUGCAAAGGUCACUCCAGCAAUUAGUAUUACGUGGACUAUCGCAUAAACUUUCAAGGUGCAUCGAGAUGCAGCGAGUGAACCGAUGUCUCGGGUGGCAUCGGCGUUCCUUUUCUCGGCGAUAGGCAACAGUGUGAGUUAUGAGAGAAAGAGAAAGAGUGCGAUGGAGAGAGAAUAGAUGAAUGAUCAUGAAAGUCAGAUUGGAAAAAGGUAUGAGUGGCGAAUAAAUGCGUUGAAUGUGUGAAAAGAGAGAAUGGGUGUAAUUUCCGGACAACUAAAAUUACGUGUGAUUGCAAAUCUACCAAGCUUUGAAACACAGGCAACUCAAUUAUCAUUAAUCUUACACCGUGUGAUUAAAACGUCAAGUAAUUUCGUUUCGUUAAUAUACUCGCACUUGAUAUUUUCGAAGAUUUAGUCCUUCUAUUGACAAAGUUUAUCAUCAUUAUUUUCACAGAACAAUUCAAUGAAUAUAAAUUUUAUUUGAAACAUAUUCUAUAAGAUAUAAUUAAGCCUAAUAAUAUUAUUAUUUCCGCGAGAGUAGAAGGAUUAUAAUUUAAUCUUGCUUCAGAAACGUCAGAACAAUAUUUAACUAAUUAAAAUUUGCCCCCUGAAUGCUGAGCAAAUGCUAAAAAAAUUCCAGGCUCAAAAAUAUGCUAGUCAAACACUCAAAAUUCUACUCUUAAAAAUUCACGUUAGAAAUAUUAUUCAUAUUAAUAGUGAUAAAUUGUUCUUAAUUUAUAGACGAAAAAAAUGUGCACGAAAGAGAAGUAGCGAGUAAUAUCUAUUAAUUUAUGAGAACCGCCCCGGCAUUCUGUGCACGUAAAUUGUUAACGAGCAUUUGCCGGAAAUACUUAAUAGCUUUACUAAAUCGACGUCGAGCAGACAUAUAUUCUUAGUGCAUGCAAACUUCACCGUAAGUCAUCCGCGAGUCCGUCGUACCCUGGAAUCGGCCGAUUAAAGCAGAGACUGAUAACAGGUUCAACAUGCAUUUGGGCUUACAUUUAAUCAGCCAAUCGAUCUUUUAGUUGGAAAAACGAAAAGCUGAAAUUCGCACGGUAGAAACGACCUGUGCCGUGCUCUUGCACACUCUGAUUCUUAACUCUUUAAACUAACUGCUAUGAUUUUUGCAUCAAUCUUUUACUUAAAAGAAAAAUCUCUAAAAUUGCUAUUAAAAUUUUCAAAAAUAAUUUUAAGUUUAUAAUUUCUAGAAACAUCUGAUUUUAAACCCUAAAAUGUUUUUUUUAAGUUUUUUUAAAUUUUUAGAACUUCAGAUUCUUAGGUUUUUAAUUUCUCUGAGAAAAUGAUAAUUCUUGAAUUUCUAGUUAUAAUUCGACACUGAUGUUAUCUAAGGAAUUCUACUUUUUACUUUAACACGUUUUCUCUUCAAAAUACAAGGAUUCACAAAGGAUAAAAUAUGAUCAAUCUUGAUUCUAUUUUAUAAAAUAAGAGACUCGAAUAAGUCAAAAACGAUUACUUUAUUUUUGGAUAAGGUUCUCGAAUUUUUGUGCCAUCUGCGUGAGCUUCUGUCAUUGCGUAGUCGUUAUUUUUUUUUUUUUUGUUGAAUGAGAGAAAAAAAGAGAGCAAGGAAGAAAGUAUACAUGUAUGUGUACGAGAGGAUAAAACUUGUCUACUUGUGGAAGAUAAUAUAUAAUCGUGUAAUUAUAUAGCGCGUAAAUAAUUUGAGUUGCGUUCGUGACGAUUUCAUAAAAAGGAAAAGUGCGCUGUGCAAAGAAUUUUACCUGCGUAAACUUUCGAGUACUUGCAAAUACUUCGACGACGAACAAUCAACCGAUUAUUACUGUUCGAUCAUUAGCAAUUCUACAACAGCGCGGACCAUGAAAAUUUAACUCGGUCAACUACAGGUCGAGCAUCGCAUAAGCCUCUGUAUGCGUGUUAUGUGUUGCUUAUAAAGUAAAAUAAAAUAUUCACUCAAAA